GGUUAGUAAAGCAAAGGCAUUUCCUAUCUAUAUAAUAGGCCAGGCUUUGCCUCAGUUUCCUUAGGGAAACAAUUAACACAUAACAUACAGUGCAUGCGUAUACACAUAUGGCCUUUCAAUAUGGAAUGCUUAUGCGACUUUCAAUAAUGUUGCUAGCAGUACUUGUACCAGCAGCUACAAGUGUUGUAGCAACAACAAGAGCAAGCGCAAGACAAGGAGGAGAAGAAGAUGAAACAGCUAUGGCCCGGCCUGGCUGCAAACCCAAAUGUGGUAAUGUCACAAUUCCAUACCCAUUUGGCAUUGGUGCCGGUUGUUACUCCCGACCAGAAUUCAACAUCACCUGCAUAGAAUCCAAUAAUAAUGAGCCCACAUUACCCCGAUUGAUGAAAAGCCGUAUCUUUGUCGCCAACAUAUCUCUUGAAGAGGGUGAGCUGCAUAUACUGCAGUUAGUAAACAGAGAUUGUUAUGACAAGCAAGGUAUCCCACUCCCAAAGGAAGACCAAAGCAGCGGCGGGCUCAGGGUGUAUAAUCCUUACACCAUCUCUGGAGAAAAAAACAGGUUCUUUGUGGUUGGUUGUGACACGUACGCGUACUUAUUCGGUGGCCGGGACGACCAAAGGUACACAACUGGCUGCGUCUCCAUAUGUCGAAAGAAAAUUGGUGGCUACGCCAUUGACAAGAACGAGUCUUGCUCUGGCAUGGGGUGUUGCGAAACGAAGAUCCCCCCUGGGCUGAACAACCUGACUCUGAGGGUGGAAAGCUAUCAAAAGCAUAGGUACGUAUGGGACUUUAACCCCUGCGGCUUCGCCUUCGUUGUGAAACAUGGCUAUUUCACAUUCAACACUACAAGCUUUCAACAACUUCGCAAUACAAGCCGGCUUCCCCUGGUUCUUGUUUGGCAGGUUAAGGAGGAGUCGUGUGAACUUGCAAGUCAAAACCACGACACUUUUGCAUGCAAGGGAAAUACCACCUGCCAUAACUGGUCUAUGGGUUACAUUUGCCGGUGUAGGAAAGGCUUCGAAGGGAACCCAUACCUCUAUGGUUGCCAAGAUAUUAAUGAGUGCGCUUCGAACCCCUGUAAGAAUGGACAGUGCACAAAUCUACAAGGAAAUUACUCUUGUUCUUGUGAUCGUGGCUACCGCAACCAAGACCAGAUUACGUGCAUCGAAGUUCCCUCAGAAACAAGCUUGAAAAUCUCGCUGGGCGUGUCAUUGAGCUUCUCUGUUUUACUGGUUGCAAUUUUUUGGAUAUAUAGGAAACGGAGGAAAAGCCAUGUAGAAAAGCUCAAACAAAAAUACUUUGACGCUAAUGGUGGCGCACUUUUAGAGAAAAAAAUGGCUAGUUUGGGGAAAACAGCCAGAUUCUUUACUGAAAAUGACGUUCAGGCCACCACGAACAAUUAUGAUAAAGUAAAAAAAGUUGGUGAGGGAAGAUAUGGAAUUGUUUACAAAGGAAUACUAGAUAAACAAGUGGUUGCCAUAAAAAAAUCAACAGUUAGUGCUCCAAUUGACCCAAACCAAAAUACCGACCCAGUUGACCAAAAACAAAUUACCGCCGCCCAUAACCAAUUUGUUAAAGAGAUGACUGCUCUUUAUCAAAUAAACCAUACACAUGUUGUGAGACUCAUAGGUUGUUGUUUAGAGACCCCAACACCAAUAUUGGUUUAUGAGUUCAUGUGCAAGGGCACUCUUUAUGAGAAUAUUCACGACAAAAAUGGCAAAAAACCAUCACCACCCCUUACAUUGGCACAGCGGUUGAGAAUAGCAGCCGAGACGGCAGACGCCCUAGCAUACUUGCACCACUCCGCUGUCACGCGUUUCAUACACCGUGAUGUGAAAACCGCUAAUAUACUAUUAGAUAAGAAUUUGACGGCAAAACUGUCCGGCUUUGGAGCUUCAACACUGGUUCUUGAAGAUGAGAAUGAAACAUCAAUUUUAGCCUCUGAAAAGGAAAAAGGAGACGACGUCUAUAGCUUUGGACUUGUGCUAGUGGAGCUGUUAACAGGCCUAAAGGCAGAGGAAAAAGAGGUAAAACUCUUUGUUCGCUCAGUUGAAGGGAGUACGUUGCGUCAAACUCUUGAUGAAGAAAUAUUGGAGAAAUGUUCUGAUGAAGUCAUCAAAAAAGCUGCUGAGCUGACAAUAAAAUGCUUGAAUUCAAGAGGGGAGGAAAGGCUUUCUAUGAAAGAUGUACUCGGAGAGCUCCAAAAAUUACUUGGAACCAUGCCACAACAUCCAAGUGGAGGAGAAGAGGAUGAUAUCUCUCCAUCUCCCAAAGAUACCGGCAACUUAGUUGGUUCUAGUAGUGCAGAGAGUGCGGAAGCAGCAUGCAAAUAACGACUCUUCGAGAUGGGUGAUAAUUAGUUCACUUGUUCUUCCUGGUAAUUAAUGUUCCGUGUAAAAUAGAAUAGACUGUAGAAUGGAGUCAUGUGGUGUGCUAUUGUAAAUUUGUUGUGUGCUUUCGGAAAUAAAAUAAUAAAUAAAGAUUGAGUUGGCUUCUGAAUAAGAGGAAUGUUAACAA